AUGGAUUUCCCAGGACACUUUGAGCAAAUCUUUCAGCAGCUCAACUACCAGAGGCUCCAUGGCCAGCUUUGCGACUGUGUCAUUGUGGUGGGGAACAGGCACUUCAAAGCCCACCGGUCGGUGCUGGCAGCAUGCAGCACACACUUCCGAGCCCUCUUCACGGUGGCCGAGGGGGAUCAGAGCAUGAACAUGAUCCAGCUGGACAGCGAGGUGGUGACGGCGGAGGCCUUCGCCGCCCUGAUUGACAUGAUGUAUACCUCCACGCUGAUGCUGGGGGAGAGCAACGUCAUGGACGUCCUGCUGGCCGCCUCCCACCUGCACCUGAACUCAGUGGUGAAGGCCUGCAAGCACUACCUGACCACCAGGACGCUGCCCAUGUCCCCGCCUAGCGACCGUGUGCAGGAGCAGAAUGCACGUAUGCAGAGGUCCUUCAUGCUGCAGCAGCUGGGGCUGAGCAUUGUCAGCUCCGCGCUCAGCUCUGCGCAGGGCACCGAGGAGCCGGCAGCCGCCGUGGGCGCAUCCCUGCGGGGCCCCGUGGAGCCACGGCCACCCUUCCCCAUGCGCCGCCUGCACAAGCGCAAGCAGUCCUCCGAGGAGCGUGCGCGGCAGCGCCUCCGUCCCGCCGUGGAUGAAGCCGCGGCUGACGCAGCUACCGAGAGUGUCCCCUCCGCGGUGCACUCCCGCGAGGACUUUUUCUCACCAGACUCCCUGAAGAUGGUGGACAACUCCAAGGCCGACGCCGUGGCGGACAACCAGGAGGACAACACCAUCCUGUUUGACCAGUCCUUUGGUGCCCAGGAGGACGCUCAGGUGCCCAGCCAGUCCGACAACAGCGGGGGAAACAUCUCGCAGCUCUCCAUGGCGUCCCAGGCCACGCAGGUAGAGACCAGCUUCGACCAGGAGGCUGCUUCUGAGAAGAGCAACUUCCCCUGUGAGAACCCAGAGGUCAGCCUGAAUGAGAAGGAGCACAUGAGGGUGGUGGUGAAGUCGGAGCCCCUGAGCUCCCCGGAGCCGCAGGAUGAGGUGAGCGAUGUCACUUCACAGGCGGAGGGCAGCGAGUCCGUAGAGGUGGAAGGAGGGGUGGUGAGCGCGGAGAAGAUUGAGCUGAGCCCUGAGAGCAGUGACCGCAGCUUUUCUGACCCGCAGUCCAGCACCGACAGGGUGGGAGACAUCCACAUCAUGGAGGUGUCCAACAACCUGGAGCACAAGUCCAGCUUCAGCAUCUCCAGCUUCCUCAACAAGAGCAGAGGGGGAGGAUUCGGUGCUGGCCAGAGCAGCGAUGACAACAUCCCCAACACCACGAGUGACUGCAGGAUGGACAGCAGGAUGGACAGCAGGAUGGACAGUGACACCUCGUACCUGCUGAGCCCAGAGUCGGGGCCUGCCAGUGGCCACUCCUCUGCCAGUGUGUCGCACGUGGAGAACCCCUUCAGCGAGCCUGCAGACUCCCACUUUGUGAGGCCCAUGCAGGAGGUGAUGGCUCUGCCUUGUGUGCAGACCUCGGGGUACCGGGGGACAGAGCAGUUCGGCAUGGAUUUCCCACGCUCGGGCCUGGGGCUGCACUCCUUGUCAAGGGCCGUGAUGGGCUCUGUGAGAGGUGGGGCCGGCGGCUUCCCUGGCUACCGCCGCAUCGCCCCCAAAAUGCCGGUGGUGACCUCUGUCCGCAGCUCCCAGCUGCAGGACAGCUCCUCGGGCUCCCAGCUGAUGCUGAAUGGCAGCACCUCCUUUGAGGGUGGGCACCCGUCGCAGCCCGGCCCGCCCCAGCUGACCAGGGCCUCGGCCGACGUCCUGUCCAAGUGUAAGAAAGCUCUGUCAGAGCACAACGUGCUGGUGGUGGAGGGUGCGCGCAAGUACGCCUGCAAGAUCUGCUGCAAGACCUUCCUGACGCUGACGGACUGCAAGAAACACAUCCGCGUGCACACGGGUGAGAAGCCCUAUGCCUGCCUCAAGUGUGGCAAGCGCUUCAGCCAGUCCAGCCACCUCUACAAGCACUCCAAGACCACCUGCCUGCGCUGGCAGAGCAGCAACCUGCCCAGCACUUUGCUCUAG